AUGUCAUUCGUUACCAAUAUCGACCCUGCAUUGACGAGACCGGAUCAGAUAGUCUUGGAGAAUCUGUUCCAGGACAUCCAUCGGAGAAAGACUAGCUCAAUCACAGAGGAGACGAAGCAAGCCAAGACAUUCACGCCACAAUCCAAGCCAGAGAAGGAAGUUACGCAACCCGCACCUAAUGGCGGCUACACAACCUCCAAAACCCGGGACGAUACCGACCUCACCAUCCUGAAAUCCUUCAACGGCCCCACCAAUCCAUCCUUCGAGCCCACCAUCUUCACGAUCUGGAACGCCACCGACAUCCACCCGAGCCUAAACAAGUACAUAAUCCGGCCCUACACCCACCUCGCCACCACCAUCCUCCGCCACCCAACCGACGUCGUCUUCCUCUCCCACAUCCUAUUGUACACCACCACCAUCCUGCCCUCGGCAAUCUACCUCUUCAUCCCCGGAAACUUCACCUGGAUCCAUGGCGUCCUGCAUACAGUCUUUACCAUGUGGUGUGCCGGCCCUUUCACCCUAAUGCUGCAUAACCAUAUCCACAACAACGGGAUCUUGCGCAAGGAUAGUCUGGUUUGUAGAUGGUUGGACUGGGCGUUUCCCUAUGUGCUUGAGCCGUUGAUGGGACAUACAUGGGACUCGUAUUUCUACCACCACGUCAAGCAUCAUCAUGUCGAAGGGAAUGGACCCAACGACCUCUCCUCAACCGUCCGCUACCAACGCGACGACCCCUGGCACUUCGCCCACUACUUCUUCCGCUUCUUCCUCCUCAUCUGGGCCGAUUUACCUUUGUACUUCCUCCGCAAAAAAAAACCUGGUCUCGCCCUCCGCGCCUUCCUCUCCGAAGUAAUAAGCUACGCCUUCUACUUCACCAUGACCUACUACCUCAGCCCCCACGCCUCGACCUUCGUCUUCCUAAUCCCCUUCGCCCUCCUCCGCGUGGGCCUAAUGGUCGGCAACUGGGGCCAACACGCCCUCGUGGAUGAAAUCGAACCGGAUAGUGAUUUCAGGAGUAGUAUUACCCUUAUCGACGUCGCCUCAAACCGCCACUCCUUCAACGACGGCUACCACACCGCCCACCACCUCAACCCCUUGCGACACUGGCGGGACCAACCCUCCCACUUCCUCGCCUCCAAAACAGCCUAUAGUCAAGGCCGAGCCCUGGUUUUCCACGAUAUAGAUUAUAUCAUGCUUACGAUCAAGCUUCUGAGUAAAGAUUACAGUUAUAUAGCUAGACGCUUUGUGCCGAUUAGUGAGGAGCAGGCUGGGAUGACGGUGGGGGAGGUGGAGGCGAUAUUGAAGACGAAGGUCAGGAAGUUUAGUAAGGAGGAGAUUAAUGGGAAGUGGAAGGCGUGA